AUCCCAACGAGCCGCAGCAAGCCGCAUCGAUGGAUCUCCACUCUUGAGGACGUUGUGGACGCAUUAAUAUCGCUGCUCCGUGUCGGAGGUUGCGCGCCGGCACGACUUGGGCACGCAUGAGACUCCUGACCCUCCAGCGCUCUGCGGCGGCAUUCGUGCGAGCGAGGCACCAAAGCAUGUCAGGUCGUUGCAGCGGACCAGCACGCAUAUGCGCAGCAAGAUGCGCCUCCUCAAAACGCGGUAGCGGCCGGCCGCGCUCCUACAGGUACGUCGUCGACCAUGCCGGCGCCGUGCACCUGGACACGAAUAAAGCGCGAACGCUGGCGACCGCAUACAAGGACCCAACCUUCCUCGACGAGCUUUACACCGGGCUGAGACGCCGUCGCGGUGGUAAGUGGGCGUCGCAAUGUCUGGGCGAAUACUCGCUGCUGCGCGCGGACACGGGAGAUAGUGCCGCUGACGCCGAGAUCAUCGUGGUCUUCGAUCGGCUCAACGACGACGGUCUCGGCUACGCGGGCACGCUGCGCGAGGCGUUCGACCCGUCGCGGCUCCGCUGGUGCGCGAGCGGCCGCUUGUACCACGAGCUCACCACUGCGUCACGCUUCGGCAAGCUCGGACUCGUGGGCUCGCACGUGGCGCACGGCCUGUCCGAGCGCCUCGACGUGCGCGAUGGCGACGACGUGCGCCUCGACUGGCGCGGGGCGUCGUAUCCCGUCGCGCCGGUCUCUUUUCCCACGGCGGAACCGCCGUUUGUCUGUUCGUAA